AUGAUAGAGAGAACAGAGGAGACAUCGGGAACGCUGAGGCCGUCAGGGCGAGGCUCCCCUCGGAGGGGAGGGGGAGCGCGAGCGCGAGGGCGUCCCCGGAGCCACGAGAGCGUGCGCUCGCUAUCAGCGCGUUCCCCUGUGCGAGGAGCGAUCGCGCGGCCCGCGUCCCGCAGGAGCAGGCACCAGAUAAACGCCAUCGCUCAGUACCGACGGCGCUACUCGAACCUCCUGGUGAUUGUCGCAACUGGAAUGGCCAUGGCUGUGCUCAUCCCGUCCCAGGGAGCGGCUCGUGUGUGGAAUGUGAUGUGGAAGGGAUGGAUGUGGGCACAGCUACAACAUUCAAAGCCAUAUAAUAACGACAUGGACUGGAAAGGUUUGGAGGGAGAUGGGCGAGGAGCAGGCAGGUGGGAUUAUGGUUGGGCUGAAAGGUCUGUUUCUGUGCUGGACAGCUCGAUGUCUCUGCUUGGAGCACAGCAUCGCAUUCACAUAAUCCUGAGUUUACAGAGACAGUUCCAUCCCCACCAAACCCGACUGCUCAGUGUUAAUGAACAUGGGCACCAACUUCAGAGAAACACCAAUCAGAUAAAUGUUCAGAUAGUUUCUGCAAACAGGCCAACUGGGCAACACCCAGAGUUGGUGAUCUCCACAACAGCUUUAACCCGUUCUCCAGCGGCUAGGUCCUGGUAAAAUUCGGCAACU